AUGAAGACUAUUUAUCCUGCUAGGAGCUAAAAUAGCAUAAUCAAAUUCACUAUUCUUGGUAUCGUUUCAACUGCUCUUUUCCUAUCAAAUACUUUGGCUGCUGAGGCUGAUUAUGGUAUCGAGGCUUUCCAUACUAAGUGGUUUUGGACAAGACCUAAGGAAGGCUUUUACUCCGUAGACGUGGGUUUAAAGAGUACAGCCUCCGAUGCAAACUUCAAGGGCAACAAAGCUUUUGCAUUUGGAGAUUUGAACAAUGACAAGCUAAACGAUUUGGUGACAGUGAGUGAAGAUCAGAAGAGUUUCUAGCCAUAUUUCUACAACAGCGAAUCAUUUAAAUUUACAUCAAGCCCUCUAUCAACCGCUGUACCUGAUGGAUUCCAUAUAGUCUCCAUCUUCAUCAACAAAGAGCAAACCGGUCAGUAAUAUCUAUUCGUGACUAUGCAAAAUGAUGUUACAAAUGUGGCUUAGAUAAAGCUAUAUGUGCCCGCAUCAGAUUCUAACUCAUAUGUUGAUAAUCCAGCAGUCGCUCCCAUUAUGAUCUAAUACAAAUCACAACCUUUCUUUUUCGACGUAAAUGGUGACAGAAAAAAUGAGAUCAUGUUUAAUUCACCUGACUAGGUUGAUGGCAAUUACGUUGUUAAGGUUGGAGCUUUCAAUAGCUAAAACCAAUUUGUGGUCAAAGACUUCUCUGAGGAAUAUGCAAUCUUACCCAGCCAGGAUUCAAACUGCAAAACACCAAUAGCUGGCUCACUUUCGAUUCCCCAUUCUGGUUCAUUCUUGGAUAUCGAUGGAGACUGCAUGCCUGAUCUCUUCUUAACCAAGACAUAUACCAACCCAGAAGGAGUUUCCUCCACUUAGUAUGAAAUUUACAUCUAGAAGAAAUUCAACAACAGACAGAGGUACUGUAUGGUGCAAACUGAUGAUUUCAAAUACCUUGGAGGUGCUGAGAGCUAGAUUCCACUAAUAAAUUUCGCAGAUAUGGACAGAGAUGGCAUGACAGACAUGGUGUUCUUCAGGGACUCUGCUGUCCACACAUUUUACAACUAGUACAUAGCCAACUCAGCCUCUGAGACUAAUCUCUGCAAGACUGCCUAUGAAUCACAGCAUUUGGUAAACAACAGAUUCUUCGGCUACUUCAACAACAUUGGCAAUGACGACAAGAAUAUCUAAAAGCAAACAAUGUACUUCAGCGAUGACAAGAUUAUUGAGUUGACAGAUGUAGCAAAAGAUGUUCCGGGCAGAAUACAAAUUGCUGACAUUGAUGCUGAUGGCUUCCCAGACGUGCUCUUAACUGGCAAAAUUUUAAGAGAUUCCAAAGAUAUUUCCCAAACAGCAGUAUUCAUGAAUAGCAAGGCUUCAGUAGAGACAACUUCAUAACUCAUUAUUGAUAAUGCUCAAGGUGCUUCCAAGACUCAAAACGGAAUCACAAAGGAUAGCAGAAGAGAAUUGUCAGAGUAAACUGGCGAUUACAAAAUCUAAGACAUAGCUGGACUUACUUCAACUGGAGGCGCUUUUAUCGAUAUCGAUGAAGAUGGAAGAAUAGAUGUGUUACUCUAAAAAACCUCAGACAAGCAGAUCACAGAUUUACUAUGUGUAUAUAACAACUAUGUCAAGGAUACCUUCUUCUUAAAAGCAUUGAUGGUUAACACUGUCAAUGCCUACGGCAAUGCUCUUUCAGGUCCAUCCUACAGACUGAUUGUUACUGAUUUGAACGAUGAGAAGUUCGUAGUAAUUGGCUCAUAACUCACUUAAUCUGCCUACAAUUCAAUCCAAAUGCCAUACUGCUACUUGGGAGUGGGCAGAAGUAACAACUAUGUUGAGUCAUUCACAGCUGCCUACUCAAUUGAAGGCGAAAGAUCAAUCAGAGUCUGGACUCCAAUCAUCCCCAACUCCCAACUUAUUAUCUUUGCUCCAGAACAGAAUGUUAACAACUGGACUCUCGAACUAUUCAUUAACCCCACAAGUUCCCUAGCCUUAAUCGUUAUUGCAUGCCUCAUCUGUCUAUUCAUAAUUGGAGUUGUGAUCAUUAUUUUACACAUUGGCGAGAAAAAAGAGGAUCAAAAGAACAAGCAAAAGGCAUUCGAUUACUUGUGA